AUGGAAGAAGGUGCUAAAAACUUUGUGAGGAGAUGCCAAUCCUGCUGGAAGUUUGGGAACUUAAUACAUGGACCGGCAGUCGAACUACACAACAUCAAGACUUCUUAUCCGUUCCAUAUUUGGUCAUUUGACCUGGUAGGUCCUAUAGCACAGCAAUCCAAAGGCUACAAAUGGAUACUUGCAGCAACUGAAGUUAGCACCAAGUGGGUAGAGGCUAUACCGAUGAGGAAGGCAGAUGGGGCAGGAGUAGCCAACUUCAUCAGAGAUAACAUAAUCUAUAGGUUUGGCAUACCUAAAGUAAUGUUGUCUGAUAAUGGAACUCCUUUUGUAAAUCGCCAUGUUGGAAGACUGCUGGAUGCCUACCAGAUCAAGUACUACAAGUCUAACCCAUACUAUCCCUAA